CCGUCCAAGAGCCCUGACUACUCUUAAGUCCCAGCGAGGAGUCGGGCACCACCGACGAUGAUGAUGAUGAAGAGGUGGACCAGGAGGGGGGGGAGGAGUCCACAUCAGGACCAGAGGACUCACGUGCCAUUUCAUCUCGUCUGAGUAAUGGGGAAACGGAGUUGGCGAAGACCAUGGUUGUCCAUGACGACGGGGAGAGUGAAGCCUCAUCCACACCCUGUAAGGACAGCACACUGGUGGUGAGACAGAGUGCAGGGGAAAUGUGGAAGCGAGUGUUGCUGGGUUCUGACCACGCCCCCCCACUCAUCCACCUACCAGAUCUGCUCCAGCAGAGUGGCCCCUCCCCUAACUCCUCCCCUCAUCCCUCCCCAGCCACACCCACCCCCUCUCAUUGGCCGCCCUCUCUGGCCCUGCUGCAGUCUCAAGCAGCGACGACACAGAAGCACAAGUCGUCAUCUUCCUUCACUCCGUUUAUCGACCCGCGCUUGCUUCAGGUCUCCCCUUCAACUGGCAGUGCCCUCAACAACGCAGGUUACGGGAACGAUGCGCGUCUGGCGGAGGCGUUGAGAGCGGACGCGUCCCGUAAGGGUUCCGUGGUCAACGUCAACCCGGUCAACACGCGGCCGCAGAGCGACACGCCCGAGAUACGCAAGUACAAGAAGAGGUUCAACUCUGAGAUCCUGUGUGCUGCACUGUGGGGCGUGAACCUGCUGGUGGGCACAGAGUCUGGUCUGAUGCUGCUGGACCGCAGUGGGCAGGGAAAAGUGUACCCCCUCAUCAACCGGCGCCGCUUCCAGCAGAUGGACGUACUCGAAGGACUCAACGUCCUGGUCACCAUCUCAGGAAAGAAGAAUAAGCUGCGUGUGUAUUACCUGUCCUGGCUGCGUAACAAAAUCCUGCAUAACGACCCCGAGGUGGAGAAGAAGCAGGGCUGGACCACUGUGGGGGACUUGGAGGGGUGUGUGCACUACAAAGUUGUGAAGUAUGAGAGAAUUAAGUUCCUGGUGCUGGCACUUAAGAACUCAGUGGAGGUGUACGCCUGGGCCCCCAAACCCUACCACAAGUUCAUGGCCUUUAAGUCAUUUGGAGACCUGGUGCACAAGCCCCUGCUGGUUGACCUGACUGUGGAGGAGGGUCAGAGGUUAAAGGUCAUCUAUGGGUCUUGUUCGGGGUUCCACGCCGUGGAUGUGGACUCAGGGGCCGUUUAUGACAUCUACCUGCCCACCCAUAUCCAGAUGAGCAUCCAGUCUCACGCCAUCAUCAUCCUCUCCAACACGGGAUCUGUAUCAGAGCUGUUGGUGUGUUACUGCAGGGACUUAGGGCGCUUCUACGCCAACACUCCUACGUCAGACACAAGACGCAGGGUGCCACAGUGGGGAGAGAUGCCCACCUCAGUGGCGUACAUCCGCUCCAACCAGAUCAUGGGCUGGGGGGAGAAGGCCAUCGAGAUCCGCUCCGUGGAGACUGGACAUCUGGACGGGGUCUUCAUGCACAAGAGAGCCCAGAGACUCAAGUUCCUCUGUGAGAGGAACGACAAGGUGUUCUUUGCGUCGGUCCGUUCCGGCGGCUCCAGUCAGGUGUACUUCAUGACCCUCGGCCGCACCUCCCUUCUCAGCUGGUAGAAGCUCCACCCAUCCAGCCUCCAGCCACACCCACUUUUCAAGACCGCCAUGGAAACCAAGUCCAAACAUCCAACACCACUCCCACGGAUCUGGGGUCCCUGCUGUGAGCGCUGUGCCGGGCUGGCGCACGCUGAUGAUGUCACAGACGGGGACCGUGUACAGCUGACCUAUCGGGGGCGGAGCUUCAGUGUUAUGCUAGUCUGUGUUCGUGUCUCUCUGUUGGACCACGGGAGUGUGAGGGUUGCCACGGAAACGACAGAGGACAUGAGGGGAAUAUUUAAAGGCAUGUUUGUGAAAGAGCUGGCACCUGCUAAAAGACAAGUAGAAAGUGUGUGUGAGUGUGUGUCUGUGCGUGUAUGUGUGUCUGUGUGUGUGUGUGUGACAGAAAAGAUAUUGAGUGGGAUAGAUCCAGGUUUGUGUGAGUAUGUUUUUGGAACUAUGGAAGUGAUUCUGAUUCUUGUUCUAAUGAUUCUGAUUCUUGUUCUAAUGAUUCCGAUUCUUGUUCUAAUGAUUCCGAUUCACAGAGAAACUAUGUAUAACUAUGUGGCUUCAGUGUUUGACCUUUGACCUUUCUGUUCAACCCUUGACCCUGUCACCCAAUCACACGGGCGUAUUUAAGUAAGGGGCGGGGCAACUGACUGUAUGUAUUUCUCACCGAGCUCACGGGGAAAGCCCCGCCUCUUUUUACACAGUGGUCAUGUGAUCAAGUCUCUGAACUACAGGACGCCCAAUAAAGAAACAGAGAGGACUUCCUGUCCACAUCUCUACGCACACACACACACACACACACACUAGUGCU